AUGGCUUCGGCAGGCGAGGGUCUCCUUUGUGGAGUGUGCCAUGAAUCGAUGCGUGAGCCCCACAGUCUACCAUGCGGACAUACUUUUUGCCGGCAGCCUUGUCUGCUGUCGCAGGCCGGGGCCGAGACAGUGCGUUGUAUAUACUGCAAGGAGGAGUUUGACGCAAAAAAAAUGCGUCCCAACAAAUACGUCGAGUUGCGGACCCAUCUCCACUCAUCGCAACAGGAGCAGGAGCAGACGCAGAAGCAGCCAAUAGGGAAGGGGAGAGUGGGCUGUGAGGGGAAUUUGACUGACCAAUGCUGUAGCGCCUGUAAGGGACAAAUACAACCCGAGCUGCUGGUCCAUUGCCAUCAUUGCCAACGUCAGGUCUGUGUGCAGUGCCUUGACAAACAUCGGGAAAGUUACAGACUUGUUCUGCAUAUGAAUUUGAAUUACCUGUCCUGCCAAAAAGCCAGCUUAAGGAUGCGUCCGGAGCGGUUGAAUGGGAUGGUGAAGAAUUCGAGGGGCGGAAUUGCUGGUGCCAUGGAGGAGGCGGUGUCUGAAUUGCAUACGGUUGCGAGCAAAGCGUUAUACGCCGCAAUAGCGAAAGUGAAGGCGGUGGAUUUGGAGGGCACGCAAACCAUAGACGAACUCGUCCAUCGCAUCACAGAACUUUCAAUCGAGGUGGGCAAGGCACAUGAUGUCAGCAAUUUGUUGAAAGGGACAAAAACUUUGCAAAAGGCGGUUGCCAAGUGGCAACAUCUAAAGAGCCUCCUUAAUAAAGCCGCGGAAUUGAAGACGAUGAUAAAAAAUCUACCGCCUCUCCCCAUAACUCAGAUGCGUCUGUCAGAUCGAGUCAGUGAGAUUAACCAACAACUGAAAGACUGCAGUCUUGUCGUGCUUGACGAAUUGGUGUCGCUUCCACAGUCGCCAUGA